CCCACCUCGAGUUGAGUUAUUUUAUACAGUGUGUGCUUGAAGGCAACACAAAACUUUUCUGACAGUUUUGCUAGUGGGACGCAGGAGCACUGUCCCGUUAAACCAUGCGAAGAAUGGCGGAGUGGCUUCCACCUGCCAAGGAGCAGAGCUCCUGGCUACUAAGUUGGCUUCCAUCUUGGUGCCCCACUUCCCCCUCUCAGCUUAAAGAUGCAGAAGAGAAAAUGCUCAAAAGUGUAAAGCAGCCUUUUUCCAGACAGUACGUCCACAUCUCCAAUGGGAACUACAUGUGGACCAUCACAUUUUCCACACAUGUGCAUCCAUCCAUCCCACAGCUCCAAGCCCGGUCCAGCCCGCCUCUGGUUUUGCUGCACGGCUUCGGUGGCGGCGUUGCCCUCUGGGCCCAAAAUCUGGACUGUCUCUCCAGCAGCGGUCCGGUCUACGCUCUGGACUUGCUGGGAUUUGGCCAAAGCAGCCGCCCCAUGUUCAGCACCGACCCUGAGGGGGCCGAGGAGCAGUUUGUGGGAGCCCUGGAAGAGUGGAGGGAGAAAGUGGGCCUGGAGGAAAUGGUGCUUCUGGGACACAACCUUGGAGGAUAUUUAUCUGCUGCCUACACACUCAGACACCCCGACAGGGUUAAACAUCUGCUCCUAGUCGAGCCAUGGGGAUUCCCUGCCCGCCCUGAGAACCCCCACCAUAACUCCAUCCCGGUGUGGAUCAGAGCCAUGGGGGCCGUCAUGAGUCCCUUCAACCCACUGGCUGGCCUCAGACUGGCUGGGCCUUUAGGUCCUACGCUGGUCCAAACCAUCCGGUCCGACUUCAAGCAGAAGUACUCGUCAGUGUUUGACGACAACACGGUGUCCAACUACAUCUACCAUCUAAACGCCCAGACUCCGAGCGGCGAAACGGCUUUCAAGAACAUGACCAUUCCCUACGGCUGGGCUAAGCGGCCCAUGCUGGAACGGAUCGGCCAGGUGCAGGCGGACAUUCCCAUUUCUUUCAUCUACGGAUCCCGCUCCAGCCUCGACAGCGCUUCCGGAUACGCCUUCAAGAAAACCAGGCCGGAAGUGGAAAUCACGGUCAUUCGAGGAGCAGGCCAUUACGUUUUCGCUGACCAGCCAGAAGACUUCAACCAAACCGUCCUCCGCAUCCUCGCAAGGACAGACACGAAAAGCACAGACUCGCACUCUAACCUGUGACCCCAUGUAAUGUACUUUUUUUUUUUAAUGCCAACACACACAUGAACUAAAACCCACAACAACAUUAUCCUCAACAGGGAACUGUUUAAAGCUUCUCUAACAUGCACUUUACUAACCAAGGACGCUCAUCAGUCCGUCUGGACUUGUGUAAAUAGUUUGUGUGAAUAAAUGCAGCCUGUGAUGUGAUCAGGAAUUUUAAGGAAGAGAAAAAAAAGCAAUUGGGCAAGUCUUAUCUGGGGCUGGAAAGACAAUUCUCGUCUUGUUUGGAUCUAUACAGAAUGUUCUUGCUGAUAGGAGGGAAAAAGUAAAUAGGACAAAGGGCUACUUAGAGCUAGCGUGUUUGUUCCAGGAAGAUUCCAGCACUGUGCCAGCAGGGGUCAGCACAGCACACCGUGGCCUCUAGUUUGCAUCUAGACCAGAGAACAAGCCUCUCCCUUGGGCUGAGUGACCCCCAGCGAUCCUCACUAGUCUCAGCUCCACACACACACGCGGAGAGAGACAGAAUAGGGUCAGAGACGCGACUAAAUAUAAACUUCCUGUUCCAAGGAGGUGCAGCAUACUUUUAACAACCUGGUGCCUUUUUUACGACUAGGCAGGAAUUUUCCUCUCGUAUUCCAAGGAAGUUGUUCAUUAAAUGUACAGCCAUUGUUCCACAGUGUGCACGUUGUCUUUCAUUCAGCUGGAUUUGA